AUGGUGUUCAGCGCACCUGCUCCUGGGGUGGGCUCCAGUAAAAGGCCAGCGUCAUGCAUGCAGGACGAUGUCAACAGCUGGGAUAAUGCUCCACCCAUGGGUCUAUCUGUGCGUUCAUCGAUCAACAUCCCUUACGCCCACUACGCCAUGAUCUAUCUCGACAACAUGGGCAGACUCAAGGUGACGGAGUCUCCGUCUAUCCAGGAGCAAAAUGGGACUGUUUUCACACCCGAAGUCCGUGAAAGAUUUUUGGAAAUCCUUGGUGCCAAGAUCGGGUAUCAGCGCCCCAUGGUUCGAAGGCUGUCAGGUGCCGGUGCCACACCAUAUAGCUAUGAUCCUCAACAACCGCUUGGUCACUUGCCCUACCGUCAGAACAAGCGGCGCAGAAAUUCCCCAGCCCACUCUAUGUACGGUGUGCCGCCAUCCGUCCAGUUCUCAGGCCCCGUUGAGGAAACGCCCGCUUGUGGAUCAGUGGACAUGGUCGGACUCGAAAUUGGUGAUACUCCCAAAGUCCUCGACUACUAUGAGAGAUCCUUGAAGCACUUCCAGCAGCUCAACUGUCGCCAGAUUGCAAAGGCAUUCAUUAAGUUCAUCGAGCCAAGAAAGCAAGUCAAGCACCCCUAUAAUGGAGGUAAACCCCCCGCAGGAGCUCCUCCUGGUAAGAAGGGCGACCCAGAGAAGACAAAGCCCGAAUGGUGGCCCGCCGAUGUGGUUCACAAGGAGCCUGACCAUCUUCGAAAGGAUCAACGCCUGUCUCUGUUAAUUCAUAUCAUCCGCAAGCUUGGAAGAUUUGGUAUUACCACAGAUCAAUUGCAGGAAAUUGCCCACGACUGCAAGCGGCAGCUCAGAGGUCCCCACAGACUCCAAAUCUUGGACGAGGUCUUCAGAGUGAGAAGGAUGGAAGAACGCUAUGAAAGAGGAGAAGUUGAUGCCAACACAAUCGUAUAUGUUGUCAACCGAGAGUCGAACCCGAAAGAGAAGGAUGCCGAGUCCAAUGUGGAUCCGGACCAGAAGCAUGAGCAAGAAGACGAUAAUGCGGAUGAGGCACUCCCCAUUCACCACUCUGAGGUGAACUCAACCAACCUGAUGUCGAGCUCAGUCGAACACAUGGGCAUGGCGGCGCCAAGUCGCCCAAUGAAUAUGGGAGAUGACAGAAACCAGCUGUUCCCUUUACCGGAGUCGUUGAGCUUCGGUGAGGCACCCCGGGAUGAUCGGACCUUCUUUCCCACGGCCUCUGAGUAUACCGAAGAUUAUGCAUCGCAGCAGAUGCUCAGAACCCCUGCAACAACAGCACUUGUCAGCCCCAAUGAGACACCUGCCGCUUUCGAUUAUAUAACACAGGCGCCCAUCACCUCCUCCGCCCCCGAUCAGAUUUCCCACCACCGCCAAGCACCCCUGCCCAUGCAGCACUCGGCCAGCUUCGACCAUUGGACGCCUUCGUUCCGACACAAUCUCUUCAACCUAAUGGAGUAUGGCACUUCACCCAGUCACGCCAUGUCUCAGACUACUAUGUCAUAUCAGCUUCCCAUGACCCCGACGUCUCAUCCCCAGGAAAUGCCUCACAUGGCUCACGGCCUGCCGAACCUGCCUCAAGACAGACCUUCAAGCAUGGAUGGCAUGAGCAUGAGAGGCCCUUCUUUCCGCACAGGAUCUUUGAGCCAUCCUCGUGAUCCAUCACAGCACGACCCUCAUUCUAGCUGA